ACUAAAGAGAAACCGUCGUCCCCGAAGCCCAGGAGCGAAAAUUCCCCCGCCGCUCCGUUCCUCCUCCCUCCUCUCGCGCGAAUCCGUCGCCGGUCUCCCGAAUCGCAGCGUCAUCUCAGAUUGCUGGGCGUUGAAGCUGCGCUCGAGCCGGUGAGCUUUCUGACGGUUUCGGAGCCUGAAGGCACCGAUUUCUUGGCCGUUGCCGGGGUGGUCUCCGGCGUGCCUGCGGUUACCGGCUCGGCGGGGCUGGAUCCGGUGGGGUUCCGGCGACAGGAUCGGGUUCUUGGAGCAGGGCAUUACUUCGGACUCUCGAGGUGUCCGUAGCCGCGCUCGUGGUGAACUCUGAGAAAACAGAUUGAAUUCGAAGACCUGAAGAUUUAGCUAGUUCAGACCAGUUUCGAAAAUAGAAGAAAGAUUCAGCUCUUUCCUAGCAGUUUCAGAGUUCUUCAGUCAGUUGAAGAAGCAAGCAGGGACGACUUUUGAAUCGGGCAAUGCAUGCCAAGGCUCGAAUCCACGCUGACCCGGUCCUGGAGUUUGACCGUUUCGACUGCCUGCCGGAUUCACUCGUGCUGCUGAUCCUGAACAAGCUCGAGGACGUGCGUUCGCUCGGCCGCUGCUCUGCCGUGUCCAAGCGGUUCAGCGGCCUGGUUCCCCUUGUGCACGACGUAUGCGUCAAGAUCGACCGCGUCGUGACUGUGGACGGUGACUCCGAUGCUGCUCUGAACCUGUCGUCGCCCAAGCCCCAGAACAUCCUCUCGCAUCUACUCAAGCUGGUGCUGUUCGCAAUCACCAAGCCCUUCCAUGACAUGGGCGGCAACCCAAACGGCGCCGGGCGGCCACUGUUCCCCCAGCUCUCCCAGCACUCGCCUGCGCAGGUGCUGCGGAGCUUCUCCCACGUUCGCAACAUUCGGGUGGAGCUGCCCUCGGGGGACGUCGGCGUCGAGGAGGGGGUUCUGCUGAAGUGGCGGGCGGAGUAUGGCAGCACGCUUCAGAAUUGCGUGAUCCUGGGCGGCACCCUUGUCAGCCGCAAGGCCGCCGGCGGUGUGCACGAGCCGCCUCCGGAUGACGGUGGAACCAUGCCCGAGUCCUUCUACACGAACGGCGGGCUGAAGCUCCGUGUGGUGUGGACCAUCAGCUGCCUGAUCGCCGCUUCGACGAGGCACUACCUCCUCCGAUCGAUCGUCGACGAGCAUCCGACGCUGAGAAGCCUGGUCCUGGCGGACGCCGACGGGCAGGGCGCGCUGCGCAUGGGGUGGGAGCAGCUGAGGGAUUUCAGGGAGCACAAGCCGUCGGCCUCGGCGUGCUCCAACAGAACGCAGGUCCCCGCGUGCAACAUCAAGCUGAGAUACGCCCCGUGCCUCGAGCUCCCUGGCGGAUUGGCGCUGCAGGGCGCGACCUUGCUCGUCAUCAAGCCCGCCGGCGACGGGAGCGGCGGCGGCCAUGGCGGUCGGAAGGAAGCCGAAGCCUUUGUGUCAGGCGCGUUCGAUGGACCCCUGAGGUUUGCUGUGAAGGCACUGAUGAAGAGGCGCACGUAUCUUCUGGAGAUGAAUGGGUUCUAGAGAUCCCGAGGGCUUCAGAGACAUGUUGCUUUCCGCUUUUCCGGUGCUUCUUGUGGCUUGUGAUUGGUACAGUAGCAGUAUCAUCUUAGCGUAUGAAUGUGGUAUACUUGCCCAAGGCCUCCACCAUAGAGAAUCGAGAUGUUUCGUUGUGCGCGGUGGCAGCACACCGUCUGUGCCUACUGAAA